CAUAAGUAAGCUUGCUGUUACAUCCGUCAAUACGAAAGCCAACAUUGGUGUGUCAUGGAAACAUUAGUACGUUGAGUAAAUGGAAAAGAUUUUUGGUUUGCGGUGUUAUCAUGAUUAUACUUCAAGAAAUGUCUCUCCAAUUGCGACGUGAAUAUUUAUAGAAAUUCGUAACGUAAAGAGAAACUUGUGCCUGACAGUUUUAAAAAAUAUAAUGCAUACUUUAAAAAGUAGCAAUGUGGUAGUUUGGAAUAAUUUUUGAAAAAUCGUCUUUGACGUAUGUAGGGGGAAAUACAUUAACCAAAUGUUUAAUUUUGAAACUGACAUAAUGUCAGGGAAAACCACUAUUAAAGGUAACCCCUCGCAAUAUGUGAAAUUAAAUGUCGGGGGAUCUUUGCAUUACACUACAAUUGGCACUCUUACCAAACACGACACAAUGCUCAGGGCUAUGUUCAGUGGAAGAAUGGAAGUGUUAUCAGAUUCCGAUGGAUGGAUACUUGUUGAUAGAUGUGGUAAACAUUUUGGAACUAUCUUAAAUUUUUUGAGAGAUGGCACUGUUUCAUUACCAGAGUCAAGCAAAGAUAUUGCAGAGUUAUUAGCUGAAGCCAAAUAUUAUUGCAUCGCAGAACUGGCGGAAUCUUGUAACAAAGCUUUGUCCAAGAAAGAAAAAGAGCAUGAACCUCUGUGUGUAGUGCCUUUGAUCACAUCUUGCAAAGAGGAAGAAUUUCUCAUUAGUGCGACGACGAAACCAGCAAUAAAGUUGCUAAUAAACCGCCACAAUAACAAAUAUUCCUACACAUCUGCCUCAGAUGAUAAUUUGCUUAAAAAUAUUGAGUUGUUUGACAAACUGUCAUUGUGGUACAGUGGUAGAGUUUUGUUUUUCAAAGACGUCAUAAGUACCAGUGAGAUUUGCUGCUGGGUUUUCUAUGGUCACAGCAAAAAGGUAUCGGAGGUAUGCUGUACUUCCAUUGUGUAUGCGACAGAUAAAAAACACACCAAAGUCGAGUGUCCUGAAGCUCGAAUAUAUGAGGAAACUUUAAACAUUCUGUUGUAUGAAAAUAGAAAUGCUCCAGAUCAGGAAUUGAUGCAAGCAACCUCAACGCGCACAGCUGUGUCAGGGAUGUCUUCUUACACUAGUGAUGAAGAAGAAGAGAGGUCAGGAAUUGAAAGACUGAGAUCUAACAAGUCUUAAAGCGGUACCUGCAUAUUAUAGUGUAGUGAAAUAUACUGUUCCUGAUUUUUUUUGUUCUUAAAUAUACCUACUAAAUUCUU